AAAAAAAAAAAAAUCAGUCCUCAGCCGAUGAGAUGUCUCCAGCGUAAGAUGCAACAUGGGAGGAAGUGAGAAGUGAAGGGAAGAAGUGGGCUGGGACAUUAGGAGUGGAAUCAGGACUGGGGGGAGGGGAUUUUGUUACAGGUACCUUGGGACCUGUUUGUGACUUGAUCUCCAGGGAGAGAUUCCCCUCCUACACACACACACACACACACGCUAUGUGCUCCUUCUUGCACUUCUCUGGUGUGUUCUGCACCUGCUUGGCAACAGCAGCUAGGCCGGUGACCUCAUUCAUCCAGCAAAUAUUUACUGAGCUCCCACAUGUAGUGCUGGCUUGGCCACUAUGCCCCUGCACCUUUCUGAGCCCCAGUUUUCUUCAUCUGAGGAUGGGAGGCUCAUCCCUGCCUUUCUCAUGUCACCAGGCUCAUGGGAAGAUUUGGUAAACCAGCCAGUGGGAAAACAGCACAAAACAGGUUACAGUGGUCUUAGCUAGACACUGUGCUAGGCACCCUGGGGUCAGCAGAAAGCGAAGCUUGGACCAGUCCUGGGUGGGCUGCUGUCAGUCUUAGCAGAUGGCUUGCUCCGCCCUCGGGUGGGGCAGGGAGUUUUGAGGCAGCUGCUGGUGAGUGUCUCUUGUUGCUACGCCCACGGUCUUCCUGAAUUUGCUGUGCCCUUGGGCCUGUCCCAGAUAAAGGGGUUCCAUUGACAUAUGGGGGAGAGGUGGUCAGGGAGAUACCAGGAAGGUCUCCACACGUGGCCAGAGUUUUGCCACCUCCUCCAAGCCAAUGGAAAUGCCCUUUUGGGUGUCCCCACUGCCCCCACCCCCCAUUAUUUCUGCAGCUCCUUUUCAGUCAUCGGCGGUGGCAGGGAGGAGGAAGGGGAAGUCCUGUCACUUUUCUAAUUUAAUACAGCACUUUAAAUCGCUAGCCUAGUUCCUCCCUCCUUUCUGUCAAUGGGGAAACCGAGGCCUGGGGUCGAGGGCCUUCUCCCAAGCUUCCCAGCGAGUCAGCAGCCUCAUGGGGAUGAGAAGCCAGGUGUUCAGACUUUCCGAGCCUUAACUCUCACCAGCUUUUUCAGUCUUUAGUUUCACUUUGGAGUUAGAAACCAAAGUGAAAGAAAAAGGUAGAGCAGGAAGCAGCCCCUUCAGACCCAGCCCAGGCUGGGGUGGGCCCUGGGGGACCCAGGCUGAGCUGGCCUCACCAGGAGGGGAGCAGACCUCUUCCCCACUGGCUCCCACCCUUGUUCUGGAGGCCUGGCUCGGGUUGGGCCCAGUAGGGCCCGGUGGGGAGAGGCACCAGGCUGCAGACAGGCGGUGGCCCUCUGGCCCGGCCGCCUGGCUGUCUGGGAGACGGCCAGUUCGACGGGUUCCAGGCAGUCAGCCUCACCCGGGUGUGGCCCCAGGUGGGGAGCUGCUCCCUUUGAAACUCCCGUCCUUCCGGGGCAGGGCUGAGCUGGAGCCAGGCCUGUGCUGGCCUGGGAAAUCAAUCCUGCCUCCUGAAUCCAGCUUUCACAGAACAGCUCCACUCUCCCUGAAGGCUCAUCAUGCCUAGUGGCGUAUAAGAAGACCCCGCCACCGGUCCCUCCACGCACCACGUCAAAGCCGUUCAUCUCCGUCACGGUCCAGAGCAGUACCGAGUCUGCCCAGGACACCUAUUUGGACAGCCAGGACCACAAGAGUGAAGUGACGAGCCAAUCCGGCCUGAGCAACUCAUCGGACAGCCUAGACAGCAGUACCCGACCGCCCAGCGUGACACGGGGUGGAGUCACCCCAGCCCCUGAGGCCCCCGAGCCACCCCCAAAACAUGCAGCUCUGAAGAGCGAACAAGGGACGCUGACCAGCUCCGAAUCCCACCCUGAGGCCGUCCCCAAAAGGAAACUGUCAUCUAUAGGAAUACAAGUAGGGGCUCCUUUCGCACUCUGUUCUCGGCCCACGCCGUACACCUGCCUGCGUGUAAUUACAUCUGGCGGAGGCCCACUAGGUCUCCUGGGUGAAGGUGGUUUGUCUGUCUGUUUUGGGGGGUCGGCCUCAAGCGGCUGAACCAAAUUCCACCCAUAGCCACACCUUCCUCGCGUUUGCCCAGGUCUGCUGCGAGGUCUGCAGCUGUGGGCACGCAACCCCACUCCAGCCAUGGGUUGUCCCAGUGAAUGUAGUUACACUCAGCCAGCCAUCUCCUGUCCACUGUUUGCCUGUCCACUGUCUGUCUGUUCACUCCACCCUUUGCCCUGCCAGCUGACGCGUGGGAGGCGGGACUGGCCUAACAGUUCUCUGAUCCAAGGUCAGCUCGGGUACGGAGGUCACAGCCCCGCCUGGCGGUGGGAGCAGCCUGGAGCAUAGACGCCGAGGGCCAAGGGCCCAGGACCCAGGGCCUCGAGCCUUGGGGGUUGCUCGAGAGGAACUUUGCCCAGAGCCCUCUCGGGCCUUGGGGACAGGUAGGUGGCUUCAGGUGCCAGGCCUGUGUCAGAUUGAGAAGUGGGAUAUCAGUCCCCACGCCUCCCUCCAUGAGAAAGGACCAAGGCAGAUAAUUCCCCAGGACCAAGUGGCCAAAGCCAGCAGACCCUUCUGGAAGCCAAGCUCCUGGGGCACCCACAGCCAUGGCAUACAACGACAGGGUGCGCCAGCUUCCCCUCCACUGCCUCAUUGCACCUCUUGAAUGCACCUGACAUCAGUAAGCUCUCUGCUGUUGGCUGAGUGGGGUCGUGCCUUGCAGCUUUCAAGAGUUGCUUUAAAUCCAGAGCUAGAGGACUCUCCCCGCCCCAGCUGGACCUCCAGACUAAAGGGGAGCAUGCUCAAGGCUAGGAGGGAGGGCAGCUACAUUGGGCCUAAGAGCUUGGGGAAGGCAGCACCCCCCCAAACCCAGGGGGUGAUGGAGGAGGUCAAGGUGGUGUGCACUGUGGCUUGGGUUGGAGAGGAUCUCCGUUUCCCCAGCCACCGCUGAGCAGUUGGCCAAGCAGGUGGCAAAGCACCAGGAUUGCAGAAGGAACAUGGAGCUCUAAGAGGGCUGAAUGGAAGGCUCACUGGCCUGUUUCCUGCACUUGCCUGAAUUUUUAACCCCCAGAGGGGCAGCUCUGGGCUUCAGUUUGCCAACAUAUACAAGAAGAAAGUUGCCCUGGAGACUUUAGGUUUUUCUGGGCUCCUUCAUAAGGGGUCAAGUCCCUGCCCUGUACAGUGCUCAGGAGGGAUUCUGAAGAACACAGAAAGUAGCCUCGUCUCAGGGUCUUCGGGCAGCCCCACCCUCUUCUUGACCAAACCAGAUGCUCUUUCUUAUCUUUCCAGAAGACCAGGAAGAGAGUUAGGCUCACCCCAGUUCCUUUGCUCCGAAGUUCACCUCGGGUUGAGUACUUUAGCUCUUGGUCCCACACAGGCUUCUCCUCCCCUGGAUUCACCCCGCCGCCACCACCCACUCUCUAAGCAGCUUCUUGAGGGCCGGCAGUGCUGCAAUCCCUGAGCUGGCCCUCUCUGAAGGAGAAAGGUGGCUGCACCCCCAUGGUGAGGAGGAGCCUGACACUCCCCACCCCUGCCCCAGAAAGCCUCCCUGGCCUCUGUGAAGCCAAGAGACUGGAAAGUCUCCAGGUUCCAAGGAUGCCCCAGCAACCCUCAUCCCACCCCAGGGUGUCUUAGCCCUGGAUCAGUUUUGGGUUCUCCGUCGUUUAUGAGUGAUGGUGGAAGGGCUGGCCUGACUGCUCUGUGGCCACGUACCUCUGUCCCAGAAAAGAAAGGUAGGCCCAGGCCAUCACUGGUAUAAAGAGCUUUGCACGUGGUCCUAGCCCCGGCCCUUCCUGCUGCUCCCCAGGCCCACCCAGUGCUGAAGAUCACCUCAACCAAGUGUGAUCGAGCCUCAGGGCUGGCAUCCCAUAGGGCCCAGGGACUUAGCAGCUUUCAGAUCCAGAACUGCUGUCCGCGGUUUGCCCCUAGUGCAGGUGCCUCCUGUCUGCCCUUCAGCUGCAGGGUUGGGGGAGUGAUCUUUGCCUGAGACAGCCCUGCUUCUACUACACCAGAUAACGGCUGUGGCUUUGUGUGUGUGUGUGUGUUUUCUUUCUCUUUCGUUGUCCUUUUUUUUUUCUUCUCUCCGAUGCGUGUAAAGGAGAGGACUAGAAGGAACGGUUCCCACCUCUCGGAGGACAACGGACCCAAAGCGAUCGAUGUGAUGGCACCCUCCUCAGAGUAGGGAAAGCCAGUCAUCUCCACCCCAUCCCACCUCCCGCCCACCUGCCCGCCCGCCUCCGCGCGAAUGAGCAGUGCCCGGCUUAACCUGGUCCGGCCUCGGGCCCACGUGCAGUGUCCGCAUGCCUCGUAUCCGUCUGUCCACGCGUCCGUUUGCGUCGUCCCACUAAUGUGAAUUUCAGCAGCAAGUGUGGUGUUUGUUUUUUAUUUUUGUCUUUGUCUCCGUGCCGUGGCUGUCGUUGUCCUUCAAUAAGGUUGACUGCAUUCAGCCAGUGCCAAAAGAGGAGCCCAGUCCCGCUACCAAAUUCCAGUCCAUCGGGGUUCAGGUAGAGGACGACUGGCGGUAAGUCGCACAGAGGUGGUGGCUGCCUCUCCCCUCUCCUCCCCCUCCCCCUGCUCUCACCUCUCCUGCGCCUUCUCCUCCUGCUCUCCCUAACCCACUGCUCCUUGCUGGAUUUCUAAUAACCAAGCUGGGUUUGGGGUGCGGGCGGUGGCCCAGGCGUGGGAGGCCGGGCGGGCGGGCGGGUGGGCCGAUGAGCGCUUGCUCUGUGAGAUUCAUCAGCCCAGGGGGCCGAGGCCGGGUGGAGACGUGGCCCGACACCUCGAUGUCGGUGGUCGUCCUGGCCCCACUGCAGUAAACAGGCAACCUUAUGACCUUGUCCGUGUGUGCGUGUGUGCGUGUGGGCGGGCGGGGUGGGGCAGGGGCUGAGCAGAGAAUGAGACGGGGGCUGUGGGACCCGCUUCAGGCGCAUGGUGAGCAGACGAUGCAUCCGUUUCUCUGUCUCCCGUGUGUCCGGGUCGGGGUGGCCUCUGGUCUCUGGCCCUCUUGGUGACUUGAACCUUCCUGUUCCCACCCCACUGCUCCCCCACCCCACAGAAGCAGCGCCCCCUCGCAUAGCAUGUCCUCCCGACGGGACACCGACUCGGAUACCCAGGAUGCCAAUGACUCAAGCUCUAAGUCAUCUGAGAGGAGCCUCCCGGACUGUACUCCACACCCCAACUCCAUCAGCAUCGAUGCCGGCCCCCGGCAGGCCCCCAAGAUUGCCCAGAUCAAGCGCAACCUCUCCUAUGGAGACAACAGCGACCCUGCCCUAGAGGCAUCCUCGCUGCCCCCACCCGACCCCUGGCUGGAGACCUCCUCCAGCUCCCCAGCAGAGCCAGCGCAGCCAGGGGCCUGCCGUCGAGAUGGCUACUGGUUCUUGAAGCUUCUUCAAGCAGAGACGGAGCGGCUGGAAGGCUGGUGCUGCCAGAUGGACAAGGAGACCAAAGAGAACAACCUCUCUGAAGAAGUCUUAGGAAAAGUCCUCAGUGCUGUGGGCAGUGCCCAGCUGCUGAUGUCCCAGAAAUUCCAGCAGUUCCGGGGCCUUUGUGAACAAAACUUGAACCCUGACGCCAACCCACGUCCGACAGCCCAGGACCUGGCAGGGUUCUGGGACCUGCUGCAGCUGUCCAUCGAGGACAUCAGCAUGAAGUUUGAUGAACUCUACCACCUCAAGGCCAACAGCUGGCAGCUGGUGGAGACCCCCGAGAAGAGGAAGGAAGAGAAGAAACCACCCCCUCCGGUCCCAAAGAAGCCAGCCAAAUCCAAGCCGGCAGUGAGCCGCGACAAGGCCUCUGAUGCUGGGGACAAGCAGCGUCAGGAGGCCCGCAAGAGACUGCUGGCAGCCAAGCGGGCAGCUUCCGUGCGGCAGAACUCAGCCACAGAGAGCGCAGACAGCAUUGAGAUUUAUGUCCCCGAGGCCCAGACCCGGCUCUGAGACCAGAAAGCAGGAAGCAGACAAUUUUAAGGCAUUUUAAAAAAAACCCACAAACUAAAUGCAAAUGGAACAAAAUUUUCUCAGCCUUUAGUAUGGUUAUUCUGUCUAGAGACCCUGAGCCAACUUUCAAAAUGAUGCAUACAAGGGCUCACGAUUUGGCUUUUUUGGGUCCCUCCCAGCUUUAGGUUAUGAAGACUUCACACAAAUCAACAAAAACACAAAACUCUAAAACUUUUCUUCCUCUUGCUGGCCGUGGUGGACUAGAUAGAUGGACUUCGGCAACUCCUCAGCCCAGCCUCCAGACUGCGGUCUUUUUACUUGUUCUAUCUAACGAGAACUUAAACUAGCUUGUUUACAAGAUGACAACAGCCCAAGGGCAGCCUUGGGCACCUGCCAUGUCCUUCCUUCUCUCCCUGGCUAUCCCGGCUCUGACCUUGGAGUUUUCAUUCUUACGUUUCUCUCUUUUCCCUUCAGAACAAAGCACGCAGGGGUCACCAUCCUGACUCUCGGCUUUCUGGUUCUCCGCCCUUUUGGUGGCUGAGCCCAGAGGACAGAACGAUGGACACGCGUCCCCUCCCCCACCAAGUGCUCACACACAGUCACACCCGCGCGCACACGCAGAUGUAGGUUCCUCCCACUGUGAUCCGCCAGCCCUAGGCGGCGUCCGGGGGUGACCCGCCUCUCUGAGGAGAUGAGGAGGGUCGACGUCUUUGCGGGGAAAUGAGAUAAAAACCGCAGUUACCACACUCCAGGCUCCCGCCUUUUUCUUCUCUCCAGCCCCUUCUUCCUUCAGCAAAAUAUGACUCAGAGUGACUUGCAGGGGCCACUCGAGAGAGGGACCCCAUUUCCCAGGGGUGGUCUGUCCCUGGCCGAGCCUGUGUACAGUCCCGAGGGUGGGCGGCUGUGUCUGUACGUAUGUGUACAUAUGCACAUAGACCUUAGAGUGUAUAUUUAACCAACGCCCAUCUGCUCACCCAUGCCCACCAGCGCCGCCGCUGGCUCUCGGGGCACCUGGCAGGAGGCGGGGGUGUGAAUAGCAUAUAUUUUUACAUGUACUAUAUCUAGGUGUGUGUACAAGUGUGUGUAAAAAUAUAUACCUUGUGUGUAAGCAGCCUCCCCCCCCUUUUUUGGUCUCCCACCUGCCUCCCCACCAUGGGCCCAUCUGCCCAGCCUCUGAGUUUUCUGUUCUCUUCUUUUACCCGAGUCAUCCUUCUCUCUCCCCGAGCCCCACUCCCGGGGUGUCACGAGCCCUGAGCUGCAACGGCCUGGGCCUGCAGGGCGAGGUAGGGGGCAGGGAGAGGGUGAGGCCCACCCGCAGCCAGCUCAGUGCCCGAGGGCUGCUCUCUCCUGUGUCCACGACUAGGCACUGGACACGUCUCCGUGUCCGGCACCUGCCACGGGGGCCCCGGAUGAAGUGAGGGCCUGCUCUAGGGCCCAUUCCAGCUUGGCCACCGUCUGUGACCUUGGGCAAGUCACUUGACCUCUGUGUGCCUCAACUUCCUCCUCUGUAAAAUGGGGACAGUCCCCGCCCCUCCCUACCUCACAGGCAUGUUGUGAGAAUAAAUGAGGUAACGUGUA